GCGGCCUUACGCCGCUGACGCAUCGCGCCCAAGAUGGCGGCGCGGUCGUCGUCGGGGGUGGCGGUGGCAGAGGGGGCGGCGGCCCUGGCGGCAGCGGAGACGGCAGCCGUGACGGUGGCAGCGGCGGCGCGGGACCUGGGCCGGGGGGAAUGAGGCGGCCGCGGCAGGCCAGCGGCGGAGCCGUGUAGCGGACAAGCUCCCCCUCCCUGCUUCCCUUGGCCGAGCCGGGGGCGCGCGCGCACGCGGCCGUCCAGAGCGGGCUCCCCACCCCUCGACUCCCGCGACCCGCACCGCACCCCCACCCGGGCCCAGAGGAUGAUGAAGCUCAAGUCGAACCAGACCCGCACCUACGACGGCGACGGCUACAAGAAGCGGGCCGCAUGCCUGUGUUUCCGCAGCGAGAGCGAGGAGGAGGUGCUACUUGUGAGCAGUAGUCGCCAUCCAGACAGAUGGAUUGUCCCUGGAGGAGGCAUGGAGCCUGAGGAGGAGCCAAGUGUGGCAGCAGUUCGUGAAGUCUGUGAGGAGGCUGGAGUAAAAGGGACAUUGGGAAGAUUAGUUGGAAUUUUUGAGAACCAGGAGAGGAAGCACAGGACGUAUGUCUAUGUGCUCAUUGUCACUGAAGUGCUGGAAGACUGGGAAGACUCAGUUAACAUUGGAAGGAAGAGGGAAUGGUUUAAAAUAGAAGAUGCCAUAAAAGUGCUGCAGUAUCACAAACCCGUGCAGGCAUCAUAUUUUGAAACAUUGAGGCAAGGCUACUCAGCCAACAAUGGCACCCCAGUCGUGGCCACCACAUACUCGGUUUCUGCUCAGAGCUCGAUGUCAGGCAUCAGAUGACUGAAGACUUCCUGUAAGAGAAAUGGAAAUUGGAAACUAGACUGAAAUGCAAAUCUUCCCUCUCACCCUGGCUCUUUCCACUUCUCCUCACAGGCCUCUUCUUUCAAAUAAGGCAUGGUGGGCAGCAAAGAAAGGGUGUAUUGAUAAUGUUGCUGUUUGGUGUUAACUGAUGGGGCUUUUUCUUCUCUUUUUAUUGUGGGGUGGGGGUUGGGUGUGUAAUUUGUAAGUACUUUUGUGCAUGAUCUGUCCCUCCCUCUUCCUACCCCUGCAGUCCUCUGAAGAGAGGCCAACAGCCUUCCCCUGCCUUGGAUUCUGAAGUGUUCCUGUUUGUCUUAUCCUAGCCCUGGCCAGACGUUUUCUUUGAUUUUUAAUUUUUUUUUAUUAAAAGAUACCAGUAUAAGAUGAAAUCUUUCAAAAAUUUGUCCUAUAAUAUGCUGUACAGUUCAGUAGAGUGGUCACUUCCACUGCAGGAUACAUUUAUCUACACAUUAUAUAUCGGACAUAUAAUAUGUAAAUAAAUGACUUGUAGAAAGAGAAAUUUGUUUAAUUUUUCAAGAUUUUUUUCUCUUUUAAUUUGGGCAUUUCUGGAAUUGAGAGCCUCACAAUUAAUAUACCUUUUCGUUUUUGAUGCUAGUGGCUGGGCAGGUUGCCCUGUCCUCUCUCUAUUUCCCAGUCGUUGACUGUAGGUAUGGGAAGUGUUUAGCUACCUUCAUAGUGCUCCCAG